GCAUGCGUCUCAAAUGACUACUUCCUACAAAAACUGUAAGUGACGUCUUAUAAAACUAUACAUAUGUAUAAUAUUAAAUAUAUAAAUGAAUUCUAAUGCUAAUGCUUUUUAUAUUUUUCCUCAGGAGCCACAUUACUUGAAGAGUUUGGCAAUGAUUGGAUUUUAUGUAACAGUUCUGCUCUUAACAGCAUUAGGCAGCACAUCAAAGGUAGACAUUUCCUGUCUAAAUGGACUGAAGGUCAUUCAGGUCGGGGAAAAUAUUAGUCUGAAUUGUUCUACUUCAUAUUCUUAUGUGACAGCGAUUGUCUGGUUCAAACAAACUCCAGGAGAAAAGGCUCUUCUUAUUGCUUCUGCUUUUAGUUCUACUCCACAAUAUCACAAUGAUUUUGACAAGAGCGGCCGCUUUACUGCAGUGAGAGGAAAAAGCAGUUUUACUCUGAAUAUCUCAAAUGCAGAACCAUCUGAUUCAGCUACAUAUUACUGUUCUCUUACAUUAUAUGCAGAUGUUGCAUUAUUAGGCUGCACAGUUUUAGUCCUCAAAGGUUCAUCUUCAAGUCUCUCUGCUGUUCUCCAGCCUCCUGUAUCAGAUCCUGUUGAAUUGGGAGGAGAUACAACUUUGCAGUGUUCAAUACUCACAGAUACGUCUGCAGGAGAACGCAGUGUGUACUGGUUCAGACAUGGAUCAGGAGAAUCUCAUCCAGGAAUCAUUUACACUCAUGGAAACAGGAGUGAUGAGUGUAAGAAAAGCUCUGAGACUGAUUCUCCUACACAGAGCUGUGUCUACAAACUCCCCAAGAGAAACCUCAGCCUCUCUGAUGCUGGAACUUACUACUGUGCUGUGCUCAUGUGUGGAGAGAUCAUCUUUGGGAAUGGAACUAAACUGGACGUCGUAGAGAAAGGUGUGUUGGACCCAACUCUUCUGGUUUUAGCAGUGUCAAACAUCAUAACCACAGCUGUGGUUUUAUUUCUGUGCAGAAAAUUAUACAACCACCAUCAUAAAGGUAGGAUUUACACAUAUGAGACUGAGAUAUGAUUGUUUAAUGGUUUGCUAGUUUUUGUAAUAAUAAUGUAAUAUGUU